UGGGGAGCAUCCCAUGGUGGAUGUGUUUGAUAUGGCCAGGCUUCGGCUCCAAGCUCCAGUCCGAAGGCCCAACUCCAGAAACAUGGAUCCCAGAAACCUGCUGCGAAUCCACGACUCCCUUCAGCUUAAAUACGCAGAUGGGAAGUCCAGGCUGGGCUCCAGUGAGGUUCCAAAGCUGGAGGAAGUGGGUGUGACCAGCAGGAGAAGGCAUGACUACAGGGAUCCAAAUCGCCAGUUCAGCAGCCCGAGGUCUACAGUUCAGGACGGUUGACAGAUGGAGAUUUUCUUUGGUUAAUGUGGAUGUUGAGGAUAAAAUGUCUUCUCUAUGGCCCCAUUUCUACUUGGUGAUCUGUAUCUGGGCACAUUAUCAGGACAGUGACAUCCACGGGUCUUUGCAUUUACUCCUUUUUUUCACAACCAUUUUGCAUUUGCAGCAAAGAAAGUAAACAAUG